GACGGGGCCGGGUUGGGGGGGGCGGGGGGUGCAGGGCCAUGGCUGCGCUGCUGAGCACCUACCCCUGGCCGGAGCGGCUCGAAGGGGAUAUGGGCGAGGGGUUACCGCCGGGACCCCCCUCGCGUUGUCCACCGGGGGAAAAAGGCUCCGAAAGCCGCAUCCGUCGGCCGAUGAACGCUUUCAUGGUGUGGGCGAAGGACGAGAGGAAGCGUCUGGCCGUGCAAAACCCCGACCUGCACAACGCGGAGCUCAGCAAGAUGCUCGGCAAAUCCUGGAAGGCUCUGAGCCUCUCGCAGAAGCGGCCCUACGUUGAGGAGGCCGAGCGGCUGAGGGUGAAGCACAUGCAAGAUUACCCCAACUACAAAUACCGUCCCCGGCGGAAGAAGCAGGUGAAGCGGAUCUGCAAGCGGGUGGACGCGGGGUUUUUGCUGGGUAGCCUGACGAGGGACCAGAAUGCAAUGCCGGAGAAGCAGGCGUGUGGCCGGGCUGGGGGGGAGAAGGAGGGGCCCGGUGAGUACUCGCCUCGCCCGGGGCUGCCACCCGUCCGGGGGUACCGGGAGGCCCCAGGCAGCAGCAGCAGCACCAGCAUGGACACGUACCCCUACGGGCUGCCCACCCCCCCAGAGAUGUCUCCGUUGGAUGCCAUAGACCCCGAGCAGAGCUUCUUCUCCUCGCCCUGCCCUGACGAGCAUCAUCGCUCCCACCUCUCUGGAGCCACUUACUCCCCGGAGUAUGCAGGCAGCUCCCUCUCGUGCAACCACCACCCUCUCAGCCCCAUACCGCAGCCAGCCACCUGCAUGAUUCCCACAGCUUCCAGCUGUCCUCCCCUCCCUCCUCCUCCCGGUUACUACACACCCACCUUCCCCUCUCUGCACCCCCCUAGCCUCCAUGCCCACCUGGGCCAGCUCUCCCCACCGCCUGACCACCAUGGCUUUGACACCUUGGACCAACUGAGCCAAGCAGAGCUCCUGGGGGAGAUGGACCGUAAUGAGUUCGACCAGUAUCUCAACAACUCCGGCCAUGGCGAUCACCAUGGCGGGAGUUUGGUCAACGGACACAUCCCGGGAACCUCUGGCAGCUCCCACACCUCUGAGAACAGCCUCAUCUCCGUCCUCGCCGAUGCCACGGCCACCUACUACAAUAACUACAGUGUCUCCUAGAGCCUUGUCCAGGGCCACCUGGACCGGCUGAGGAAGGGCCCAACGCAGUGUUACGAGGUGUUACUCCCCGGGGACAUGGCUCACCGCCCCUCAGAGUGACCAAGUCUGAACUGCGAGCGCCGUGGAGUCUCCUUGGUGGCGUAGGUAAAGGUUUUGGGUCGUCGGCUCACAGCCGGUGCAAAGCCUCAGAUGCCCUGCUCUGAACGGGGCCUGAGGGGGAUUUCCCAAUGCCAAAGCUCUUUGGCCAGGUCCCUCUUCCAAAGCAGAGGUGGUCCUGGGAGCGUGGGAAGGCUGCUUCCCAUUUUGGGGCACCCUCAGCUCUGCUUUGGAGUUGGGAGGGUGGCAGCAUCCCACAAACGGCAGGUCUUAAGUCCCAGCAACGUAAAAACUCCCUGGAAAGGGAAAAGGCAGGGAUGGAGAGGAAGAGGGGAGAUUUUGGUGAAGGGGCACAUGGUCUGCAAUUGUGCUCUGCCCCGCUCUCAGCUCUUGGUGUCGGCAUUGCUGUGGCUGCCGUGGCUUACCUGACUGCACCCCGACGGGGAUUAAACUCCCCCAUGCUCCUGCCUGUAAACCACGAGCUGGGGGCUUCAUCCCUCAGGACAUCCAGAGGGGAUGGAUGGGACACCAGGAAUAGGAUAUCACUGAUGGGUCACUAGGGAUGCUGCCAGGCUGGCCCUGGUGCUGCAUGGAGGGACUGCAGGGGGGCAGCCAGCCCCAAGGCUGUUCAGCCUGUGCGCGUUCCAGAGGAGGGUGAGAUCAGGAAAGGCAGGAUCUGGCCGGAUCCACCCCUCCAUGACUUCCCCUUGGCCUCACAGCUAAAGCAUUCCUGAAGCGAGGAUGGCUGGGAGCGGGUCCUGGGAUGAGCAUUUUUGCAAAGAGGUGAUGAUGUAGCAGACACAUUUUUUUGGUUUAAAUCAAACACCCUUUGAAGGCAAACGUUUCAGUUUUGAGCUUGCAGUGCCCAAUGCCUCUUCUAACUCUGGCAUAUUAUUGCUUGUAAUAAAGCUGUACAAUGAUUUAUUCCUUCUAUUAUUCCUCUCCUCGGAUUUUGUAUUGCUCGAGUUCUCUUCCUUUUCAUAAAGAUGAAGCUUUAUUUUAAAUCAGUUAUAUGACAUGAUUAAUCUUAGUGUUUACUGUAUGGCACUUGGUAAUGAUUAGUUAGUAGUGUGGCUAUGAUUUUCUGGUUUCAGUCCCGAACAUAUAUUAAUAAUAAUUGCAAAUAAUACUUUAAAAAAACCCAAACCCACAACUUCACUGGUUUUUAAGCUGAUGCAUUCCAUCUUUUUUUAUGUUUGUGUGUGUGUGUGUGUGUGUGUGUGUGUGUGUGUGUGUGUGUUACUCUAUGCAUUUUGAAUGAGUGUAGAUAUGAGUUUGCAUAAAAUAUUUAAUUUAAAUAAAUAAGUUUUGAUAUGA